UGGGUGGCGUCUCAAAAAACGUCAAAUACUGUCAAAGUGUCAAUGUCGUGUCGUACGUAUCGUCUGUCAGAGUUUAUUUACGGUUAAAACUUGAAGUUUGGUUACUUUGGUUGUGUUUUGCCGGAAAAUUAUAUUUCUGAGACCUCUCGAGGGUUAUUUUGUAUUGUGAAGCCAAAGAUCGAGUAGUUUGUGAGGAUGCCUGUGCUCGAGUCGUGCUGGUCGCCAUGCAUUUGGUCGUCAAAUGUGAAGACCGGAAGCCGGGCGGUGGCUGCUUAUACAGCCGCGAUGAGCGUGGUCCUCAUCACGUUCAUCGUGUACCAGAUGUGCGGAGGAGACUCCACGCAACUCUGGAACCCACUGUUUGAAGCUGAUGUUAGAGGAUCCCUGCAAGUAUUUGGAAUAAUCUUUAUAGUUAUUCUAAUCACCCUCAUUGUGUCUUCUAUUCUAAUGGUUGUCGGCAUGGACAUAUGGAUGCGUGGAUUGUUAUUACCAUGGAUGAUCACUAUGGGCCUCAUUAUAGUCUUCCAGUUAAUAUUCGGAUUGUGGCUCCUUGGCGGUUACUACAUCUAUCUGGAUGCUACAUUCGCUGCACUUCUUGACUUCCUGUGGAUGGCAUACAACAUCUACUGUUGGCUCUGCGUCUUGUCUCAAUACCAGAUUAUCCUCGCGAUGCAGUCUCCCAAUAUCGAGAUUUUAGUUGAAUACUAGCCUUGACGGCUAUUUUUAAAUAAGGUAACUUGUAUCUUCUGUUGUAGUGUAGCGAGUGAACAAAAUUAAUCAUAUGAAUUUGAUUUUAUAUUGUAAUGAAUUUGGAACUUAUAUUAAGUAUUAUAAUUAUCGUUUAACAUACAUCCAUAGCCAAGGGUCUCAAUUUCUCGAGAUUUAAAAAACAUUGUGAGGUACUUUUAAAAAGAAAAAAAAACAACACGAAAGUAUAUAUAUAUAUAUACUUAAAAAAUACUAUACUUACCUAAAAUGAAACGCACGCAAACGCAAAAAUACAACAACUAACAACUAUAGUUUUUGCGUUAUAUAUUUAUACUAUUACUAUAGUAUAUUUGCGUUUAUAUAUAAAUAUACCUUAUGCUCGCGUUAUGAAUGUUUAUAUUUAACGUAAAAUAUGAUACGCGCCAAUGUGCAGUACAAGAUAGUUACUUUAUAUCUAAUUACGAGAAAUGUUUCUAUUUUUUAUUGUAUAGAAACAUAGAAUAAUAAUUACAGGUAGGUUUUCAGAAAGUGCCUGAUAGUAAUGUAGCUAAUAAAUGUAAAUGCUAUACAUAGCUUUACAUAUCGCAUUUUUACCUAUUUCAAAGGAGGUUAUUUACUCUUAAUUAGGCUUAAGAUGCAAGACUUUUCUGUCCGUCCAUUAUACAAAUAUUUUAUCUGUAUUUAUUUGAAUCUCUAGCAUUUACUCGUAUUUUUUUAUUUUUAUAACUAUUUCAAUCGAUAUAUUUUAUUGAAAUUCACAUUAACAUUGACUGUUACACAUUGUUUAUAAUAA